GGGGCCAGUAGAGAGCGGAGGAGGUUUGGAAAUGAAAAAAAAAAAAAUCCUUUGCCUCCUCUGGAGAUUCGCGCGCCCACCGCGCCACAGUUGCUCGCGCCCCCUCGAGCAGCACCGCAGCAACUCCAGCUCAGCGCGUAGCACGAAAUUGAAUCACAGUAGCGAAGCGAAACUGCUGCUCCACCAAAGUCCAAUGUGGACGGGAUGCAAGAAGAGGUAUUUGCCUGCCACCAAGCACCAGCACCACCACCACACCACCAUCGCGCAAAAGAAGGUUGAGAGAGGAGUAUGACGAUGGAAGGGGGAGAGGGGGUCAAGGUGGCAGCUGCUAGAGCUUGCUAUACCGAUGGUGGUUGGUUGGGUCGUUUUUGUAUGGAUUGCUGACGCGAAUAUGCGGCGGCGGUAUCCCGCCUGCGUCGUCGUUGUUGUCGUUGGAAUGGCAUAUACCUCUUUAUAUUCUCCAGAAUGUGCGCUCGGCUCGGUGCUCGUUCGUUCGAUGCAUGGAUGACAGAGAGGUACGGAACGGUGAACGUUUUUCGUUGUCGUCGUUGUCGUUGCCGCCCGUUUGUCGUCGUAGAGUCGGAGUCGUCAUCAUCGUGGUCUUUGGUUAUAGUGUCGAUGUCGACUUCUGCUUCUAGAGUGCUGCCUGCUGCUGCUGGUGUAUCGCCGCUUUCUAUCUCUUUUAUCGAUUUAUUCAAAGCCAACCGUGAGAUUCACUGCGAGGCGACCGACCGUCAUCAUCAUCAUCGUCGCCAUAAGUCGUAAGUCGUCGUCGUUCAGUCGUUCAACGGGUAACUUUAACGUCGUUGUUGUCGGUCGUCGUCGUAAAGUUGGAGGUGUUGGUUUUGUUUUUUUUUUUUUUUCUGAAGAAGAAGAAGAGUGACGGCGGUUCUUCAUACCGCUGGCGGUCGAAACAAGUUUACACUCUAUAGAAGUCGUUGCCGUGUUGUUGUUGUUUUUAUUUCUUCAGUACGUGCGACAGUCACAACACUCGCAUCGCAUCAGUCGCAACAGUUCAGUGGCAACGGAAUAACAGUUUAUAAUUCUCCUACAAAAAAAAAAAACAGUAUCGGGGUACCCUCUCGGUCUUAUCUCGCAUUAUAUUUACCUACCUACCUAAAUUUUAAACGGGGCUAACUUAAAGAGUCUAAAUUUGCAAGACUUAUUCUAUCAAGACUUAGCCCUAAGCCUAAAACUAGAAGAACACUUGCCUCAUCACAAUAUGGUUGAUAUCACAACCCAAUUCAUAGAUGUGGUCAAACAAUAUGACAUUGUUUACAACCCCCGAAAUCCAAACUAUAAGAAUUUCCUGGAGAAAUUACGAGCUUGGGGGCAAAUAGCUGAUGAAUUAGGAAUAACAGUUGAUGCAGCCAAACGAAAAUGGAAAAACCUCCGAGACAGCUAUACAAAAUAUCUUCGAUCUUUUCGAAUAGGUACAAAAACAUCAAAGAAAUAUCAAUUCUGGGCACACGCAGAUCAUAUGGAAUUCUUAAAACCACAUCAAGGUCCUGGAAGACCCCAAAAGCAAGAUGACAAUGACGAAAACGACUCUGACAUCGGUUUUCAAGUUCUCAAAAAAGUUACCAUCGCCGAGGACAGUGUGUUAGCACCACCUCCUCCGCCACCGCUGCCAUUGCCAUUACCACAAAUAACAACAGCAACACUUACACCAUCAACCCCUGCCAAAGUACACAUACAACCAUCAUUCAUUUUGGCCAAAAAUAUUUCCAACGGUUACAUCACACAAAUACCUACAACUCCCUUAGACUUGGCAUGCAAUACAACGCCAACUCUAACAUCCCCCAUUGUCGCAAAAAUACGUGCAAUUAAUAAUCCUGCACCAUUUUUCACCAAUAAUUUAUCAACCAUCCCCGAAAUAACCUCCUCCUCCGUCGCCACCCUACCACCACCACCAAAAAUUCGCAAAAUUGCCCCCCAAAAUAAUGCAUCAAUUAAUGUUGAUAAUUUUGAUGUAACAUCGAUAUUGCGUGCGAAUCGUGAAAUGGACUCUACCUGUUUGUUCUUUUUAAGUUUGGCCAAGUCAGUGCGAACAAUGCCAAAACGAUAUCAGGCCAUGGUCAAAAUGCGUUGCAUGCAAAUAAUCAAUGAUGCUGAAGUCGAGAUUGAAUCGAACUUUGAUUGCGAUGAGACUGGUGGUUUUAUAUCGAAACAACAACAACAACAAAAUGGCACAUCGAAGAAUACAGACAAUAUGGAUAAUGCAAACAACGAUAGUAAUUCACAAGCUGCUUCGGGUGUGAUGGGUCAACCAACAAACAAUAGUAAUGAGAAUUCAGAGCAUUUUAUGUACGUGAUGUCACCGUCACGUGUGGAAACGAUGAUAGAUGUAUCGUCUGAGGAUGAAACUACAAAUGGUACCAAUAAUAAUUAAAAUAACAAGGAUGGAAUAAGUCAUAAGUUGGACGGAAAAGAAUAUGCUAUAUAUGAAACUCAGGAUGUAGCCAAAAUUGUGCUAAAUACGAAUCUGAUGUAAAAAAGAAAAAAUGAAGAGGAACAAAAAAUAAGUUAAAAUUUAAAGUUUAGCAUAGUUUAAAUGUUGUAAAUAUAGAUUUAGUUAAAUUUAAAA